AUGGCCCAGUUGGGCUGUAGCACAGCAUCAAAUGACCUGGUUUACAUAAUCGACGGUUCCUCCAGUGUGGGCACUCCAGACUUUGACUUGGCCAAACGAUGGCUGGUCAAUAUCACCAGAGGCUUUGACGUGAGCUCCCGUCACACCCAGGUGGGCGUGGUCCAGUACAGCGACACGCCCCGUCUGGAGAUUCCGCUGGGAAAACACCUGAGCAGCCAGGAACUGGUCGACGCCAUCAACACCAUCGGCUACCUGGGGGGCAACACCCAGACGGGCAGGGCCAUCAAAUUUGCCACGCAGCACGUCUUCCCGUUCUCCAACCGCACGCAGCCUGCCAGGAACCGCAUUGCUGUGGUGCUGACGGAUGGCCGUAGCCAGGACGACGUGGUGGACGCGGCCGUGGAAGCCAAGGCCCAGAAUAUUAUCCUGUUCGCUGUGGGCGUGGGCAAUGAGAUCACCAACUCCGAGCUGGUGUCCAUGGCCAACAAGCCCCCCUCUACAUAUGUUCUCUACGCUGAGGACUACAGCUCCAUCGCUAACAUCCGAGACGCCAUGGAGCAGAAGCUGUGUGAGGAGUCUGUGUGCCCAAUGCAGAUCCCUGGAACAGCCAAUGUAAAGGGAUUUGAGCUGCUGUCUAGAAUGCAGAUCGACAUGAAAGCAAAGAAAGUCCAGGGCUCGCUGAUGUCAGAGACUUCCUACUUGCUUAGCCCCCGACUGGACCUCACCGACAGCACCAGGUCCAUCUUCCCUGAGGGUCUGCCUCCCUCCUAUGUGUUUGUGGCCACUCUACGCCUGAAGAGCCCCACCAACCAUGUGAAGUUGGACCUGAUCAGAGUGCUCUCUCAGGACGGGCUGAAACAGUUCGCUGUGACCCUCAAUGGACUGGACAAGUCUGUCACCUUCACCAGCACAACCACCAGUGUCAACAAGAAAGAACAGUGUGUCAUUUUCAAUGACAGAGGAAUUAAGAGACUCUUUGACUCAGAGUGGCACCAGUUGAAGCUGCUUGUUAAACCCAGACGUAUCAUCUGUUACCUGGACGACAUGCAGAUAGAGGAGCAGCUACUAGAACCUGUAUUUCCCAUCUACAUCAAAGGAAAGAUACAGGUCGCCAAGAAGGUCAAGAUGGAAGCAACUGUUCCUAUCGAGAUACAAAAACUGAGGCUUUACUGCAAUCCCGAGCAAAGUGAGAACGAGACAGCGUGUGAAAUAUACUCUGUGGUGUUAUAUUAAAUGGUUUUCUGCUCCCAGUGUCCUCUGGACAGACAACCUGCAGCAGUGGAGAGCUGUCACUGCCCUCAGGGGAAACCUGGGUCUCCUGGUCUUCCUGGGCCUAUGGGCUUCCGAGGUGAGAAAGGGAGGGAGGGGCCACCUGGCCCUGACGGUAAGCCUGGGAAGCCAGGUGAACGUGGAAUACCAGGAGAACCCGGGAAGAAUGGGAACAAUGGCAAAGUGGGCAUACCAGGGCAUAAGGGCGAAGCAGGACUUAAUGGGGCCAAAGGUGACACGGGAGCACCAGGCCUUGAAGGCAGACCUGGCCCUCCAGGACCUACGGGACCUGAGAGACAGCUUAAAUUGGAGGCCACAGGAAUUCUAGGAGAAAAGGGAAGUCCCGGUGAAGCAGGAGCUCAGGGACCACCAGGGGAGCAUGGACCACAUGGGGACACAGGGCCAGUAGGAAAGGAUGGUUUUGUUGGACCAGCUGGAGUGAAGGGAGUGGAGGGAGAGCAGGGGAUUCAAGGGUUACCUGGUGACCGAGGACUGCCAGGGUUCAAAGGUCACAAGGGUGAGAGAGGCAACAAUGGAGUUCCUGGGAACACUGGGGCAAACGGAGAAGCUGGACUCAAAGGAAGCAAAGGAGAGAAAGGCCUAUCAGGAGAUACUGGAGCCAGAGGGCCGGAGGGGAGGAAGGGGGACGUGGGUCUGAUGGGAGCUGCUGGGCCUCGCGGCUCUCCUGGACAAGAUGGGUUACCAGGGCAACCAGGAGAGCUGGGAUACCCAGGCAAACCUGGGAAGCCACCAACUGAUGACCACUUGAUGAUGCUUUGCGCUAAUGUUCUUCGGAAUCAGCUGCCGCAGCUCCUGGCGAUGUUGGCAUCAAAAAGUCAAUGUGGGCAGUGUGAGACAGUGAAGGGGCCACCUGGUGAGCCAGGCCCUGCCGGCCCCAAGGGCCCCAGUGGAACGCCAGGGUACCCUGGCACGCCCGGUUUACAGGGUUACCCAGGACAGCCAGGCCGGAUGGGACCUCAUGGGCACAAAGGUGAUAUUGGACCAAUGGGGUUAAAGGGGUCCAAAGGAGAUGGAGACACAGGGUUGACAGGUCCUCCCGGCCCAGCAGGUCUCCAGGGGCCCAGAGGCAAUGACGGACACGGUGUCUCAGGGCCUCCAGGUGAACCAGGGAAGUCAGGAAUUCCCGGCAGCCCAGGGAAGCGUGGCCCUCCUGGGGCCAAUGGCGUAUGUGACCCCACCUCCUGCUACCAGGCUAUUCUCAGAGAGGAACGCUACAGCAAAGGACCCAACUUCUAG